UCUUCUCUUUCUUGAAUAGAUGGUUCUUCUAGGUGUCCUUCUAGUUACAGUACUUAUCAAUAUAUUAUUCAUCGCAGACACCGGCAGAAAACUACGCGAAGCCCAAAUGGAAGCUGCAGGUGGAGACGGCGAGACGAUGGAGAAAGUCGAGGCUCGGGAGACCAAAGAUGGAGGCAGAGAUAUCUUAGAUACGAUACCUCAAGAACUCGACAUUGAAGUCCUAUCCAGUGGAAACAAGGUUGCCGUAUCAGUGGGAGGAACACCAAUUUUAGAAGACGAUGAGAAGGAUAAAGGGCGAGGUAUUCACUGCAUUGUAUUAAACCAGGCCACUGGCAGCAUCAUGGCGAAGAAAGUCUUUGAUACCUACAUAGGACAUGAGGAUGAGGCCAUGGUGUUAUUCCUCAAUAUGGUUUCAGAUGGGCGCAUCAUUAUCCUAGCAAUUAAGGAUGAAGGAACCUUUCAGAUGAAGGAGCAGACGAAGCAGAUGCUUAAGAACCUAGGGAGUGUGAAAUCUUUUGAUCUAGGGUGGAGAGAUACAUGGGCCUUUAUCACACAGAAGAAAAAUAGACAUGGCCAGGCAUAUGCAGAGCAGCUUCACAAAGCACCAGACCUGUCUAGCUGGGGGUCACCUGUAGUACUCAAAGCUACUGUACCUCUCUCAUCAAAGGAAGAGAGUGAGUGCCAGUGGCCGGAGACGGAGGCCAAUGCACGGAGGAGGGAGUUCUGUGCCAAGGUAGAGGGGUAUGGGAGUCUAUGUAGCUGUGAGGACCCAGCCCCCAUUGAAAUGCAUCCUGAACAGUUUGCCAAUAAUCGUGUCUUCAAUGUGCCUGUUGUAAUCAUAGCGAGUAAUAGACCCAACUAUCUCUAUCGAAUGCUCAGCACACUUUUAUCAGCGCAUGGAGUAAAUCCUGAGAUGAUAGUGGUCUUCAUUGAUGGCUACUUUGAAGAGCCUUUGGAAGUGGUCAAACUCUUUGGUUUGAAAGGAAUACAACAUACCCCCUUAGGGGUCAAGAAUGCCAGGAUAUCACAGCACUACAAGGCCAGUUUGACCGCCACAUUCAAUAUGUUUCCUAGGGCGCAGUAUGCGAUAAUCUUGGAAGAAGAUCUGGAUGUCUCGGAAGAUUUCUUCAGUUAUUUCAGCCAAACUCUCCCCAUCUUGGAGGAAGAUAGCACGGUACUGUGUAUAUCAGCAUGGAACGACCAGGGGUACGAGCAUACAAGCAAUGACCCCUCCCUGCUCUACAGGAUAGAGACUAUGCCAGGCCUUGGAUGGAUGCUAAGAAGAAGUCUCUAUAAAAAUGAACUGGAACCCAAGUGGCCCACCCCAGAAAAGCUUUGGGAUUGGGAUAUGUGGUUACGGCUACCAGAGAACAUGCAAGGAAGGGAAUGCAUCAUACCGGAUGUGUCAAGGACGUAUCACUUUGGGGCAAAAGGAGUUAAUAUGAACAGCUAUUUCCAGGAUCUUUAUUUCAAGAAGCGGGCCUUCAACACAGCACCUCACGCCAAGCUGAAGGACGUGGAUAAGAUGGUCCAAGAAGAGUACGAGAAGGAGAUGCACCGUCAGAUCAGUCAGGCCAAAGUCCUUGAUCAUAGGUUAUCACCGUGCGACGAGGCCUUCAUCCCCGAUUCGCCCAACGGCGGGGAGACCUACGUCAUGUAUAUACGUGUCUAUAAUGACAGAGACUUUGAUACCUGGUUGUCAACAGCUAAGUGCUUCCAUAUAUGGGACCUAGAUGCCCGCGGUUUCCACAAGGCAAUGUGGAGAUUAUUUAUGAAAAAGAACCAUGUAUUCAUUGUUGGAGUGCCUGCCUCGCCUUAUUCAAAAUACAAGCCAACAGACGUAGAACCAAUCUAUAUUGAACAGAAGAAGGAAGGAAAGACCCGAUGACCUAUGAUGGAGAGAACGUAAAACUUCUCCGCUCUUCUGUCAUUCCAUCCUCUGCCAAGGCGAUAGUACCAUUUAUUAAAAAGAGAUAGAGGGAGAGAGAGAGAGA